UGCCUUGGUUAGCGUCCUGCUGCGGUGCUUGUCCCGCAGGCUGACAAACUCCUGCUUGUCGUGUUUUCACGAAGAUCGAAAGACUGCGUGUGCUCUGAAGGACCUAUAUUUCAUUUUUCUACAAGACCUGGAUAUAAUACGAAGGUGUUGGUCGUUUGGAUCGUGGUGUGUGUGGAGCUCGCUUGUCUUUUUUGGUCGGCUUGGGAAAAUCCACUGCGUAUCAAAUAGCAGGUGUUAAAGAUGCUGCAGUGAGUUGAGGGAGCUGAAUCCUCAGCAUGUCUGUCCUGUUGAUGGUGGGUGUGGUGAUGUGGGGGGCCCACGGAGGGGUCGGGGUCCAGGGUGCUCCGUGUCCCGGAGGGGGCCUUGGUGACUGCCCUACCCAGCAGAGCAACACCUCCGGUGGGGGUGAGACCUCCAGGGACUACUGCUACACCGCCCGUAUCCGCUCCACCGUGCUCCAGGGCCUGCCCUUUGGAGGGGUGCCCACCGUCCUCGCACUCGACUUCAUGUGCUUCCUGGUCCUCCUGUUUGUAUUCUCCAUCUUAAGGAAGGUAGCGUGGGACUACGGCCGCUUAGCGCUGGUCACUGACGCAGACAGACAGAGUCAGCGAUACAGCCGUCUGGACGACCAGGAAUAUGUGGCGUCUGCCAUAACGUCAGAGCUUCCCGAUCGCUACGAACGCCUGACCUCUGUCUCCAGCUCAAUGGACUUUGAGCAGAGAGACACCGGCUUCUGCUCCUGGUUAACAGCCAUCUUCCGCAUAAAGGAUGAGGAGAUCAGGGAGAAGUGUGGGGAGGAUGCUGUUCACUACCUCUCCUUCCAGAGGCACAUCAUUGGUCUGCUGGUGGUGGUGGGCGUGCUCUCAGUGGCCAUCGUUCUGCCCGUCAACUUCUCAGGAAAUCUAUUGGAAAACAAUGCCUACAGUUUUGGGCGUACCACUAUAGCCAAUCUGGAUGUCAAUAACACGCUCCUGUGGCUCCACACCACCUUUGCGUUCCUCUACCUGUUGUUGACUGUCUACAGCAUGAGACGACACACCUCCAAGAUGCACUACAGAGAGGACGACCUGGUGAAACGCACUUUAUUUGUCAACGGGAUCUCCAAGUAUGCAGAGGAGAAGCACAUAAAGCAACACUUUGAACAGGCCUAUGAAAACUGCUGUGUUCUAGAGGCCCGUAUCUGUUACGAUGUGGCCAAGCUGAUGUCCCUCAACUCAGAAAGGAAGAAGACCGAGCGUAGCAAGAAGUUCUUUACAGACCUGAAGUCCAAGGAGCACAUCCCCACCAUGAUAAACCCCAAACCCUGUGGACAUCUCUGUUGCUGUAUCAUCAAGGGCUGUGAGCAGGAGGAAGCAGUGAGUUACUACACCAAGCUGGAGUCCAAGCUGAAGGAGGAGUACAGGAAGGAGAAAGAGAAGGUCAACAGUAAACCACUAGGAAUGGCCUUCGUUACCUUCCAGAACGAAGCCAUGACCGCCAUUAUCCUGAAGGACUACAAUGCAUGUAAGUGUCAGGGCUGCCACUGUCGGAGGGAACCCAAGUCUUCUGCCUUCAGCCAGCACCUUCACACACACUCCUGGACUGUUGGCUAUGCACCAGACCCACAGAACGUUUACUGGGAGCAUCUGUCAGUAGGAGGGUUCCCCUGGUGGCUGAGAUGCUUCAUCAUCAACUGUAUCCUCUUCCUCCUCCUCUUCUUCCUCACAACUCCCGCCAUCAUCAUCUCCACCAUGGACAAGUUCAACGUCACCAAGCCUGUCGAGUACCUCAACAACCCCAUCGUGACUCAGUUCUUCCCCACCCUGCUGCUGUGGGCCUUCUCUGCCCUCCUACCCACCAUCGUAUACUACUCUGCCUUCUUUGAGGCCCACUGGACACGGUCUGGAGAGAACAGGACCACCAUGCAUAAAUGCUACACCUUUCUGAUCUUCAUGGUCUUACUACUGCCCUCUCUAGGACUCAGCAGUCUGGACGUUUUCUUCCGAUGGCUGUUUGACAAGCGCUUCCUGGAUGAUGCUGCUGUGAGGUUUGAGUGUGUGUUCCUGCCGGACAACGGGGCGUUCUUUGUGAACUAUGUCAUCGUGUCGGCGUUCAUCGGUAACGCCAUGGAUCUGCUGAGGAUCCCUGGUCUGCUCAUGUACAUGACCCGGCUGUGUCUGGCCCGCUCUGUUGCCGAGAGACGCAACGUCAAGAGGCACCAGGCCUAUGAGUUCCAGUUCGGGGCAGCCUACGCCUGGAUGAUGUGUGUCUUCACUGUGGUCAUGACCUACAGCAUCACCUGUCCAAUCAUUGUCCCCUUCGGUCUGAUGUACAUGCUGUUGAAGCACCUGGCAGACCGCUACAACAUGUACUAUGCCUUCCUUCCUUCCAAGCUGGAUAAGAAGAUCCACUCUGGUGCCGUCAACCAGGUGGUGGCAGCACCCAUCCUCUGUCUCUUCUGGCUCCUGUUCUUCUCCACUGUCCGCACAGGUUUCUCAGCCCCUACCUCUAUGUUUACCUUCAUCGUUCUGGUCAUCACCAUCAUCAUCUGCUUGUCUCAUGUCUGCUUUGGACACUUCAAAUAUCUCAGCGCUCACAACUACAAGAUUGACGUUGAGAAUGUGGAUGGUGUUGAGAACGGUCGUCCAGCCCGCACCUCUCCCUCCAAUAAGUCGGCACAGAUGUACAUUGCCUCCGUGCUCCAGGAUCCCAGCUUAGACGAGCUGGGUUCAGCUGGCAGCGGGGUCAGUGAGGGCUCGCAGGACGAGGAGAUCAUCCACGUGGGGAACAGCCUCAACGAAGCCGACUUCCAGAGCGGCGAGGACAGUCUCCUCGCUAACGAGGUGCGGCACUGACGUCAGGGAACGCCGGAGACAGUUGUCGGGAUGGAGACAGAGGACGGGGAGAGAGAAGCAGAGACUAAGGUGUAAUGUGACUGACCGGAUGGAUGCACUGAUCUAGUGAAUUAAGCUACGGCGCUGAAACGGACUGACAGACACGAAGAGACCCCUAAACCUUAAAGAAUUUGAGUCAAGAGUCUGUCUACACUAACGAACACAGCAACACAAACACCUUUCACUCCUCUUCAGCUUAGGCCAUGGACAACAGUUCUCCAGCAGCAUAUUUUUCCCCCCAGAGACUACACUGACACCAAAAUUCAAGGACGAGAGAGAGCGAGUGACUACUGUCUACAUUAACUAACAAAGGAAGACUACCUGCUAAAGAACUCUAUCAACAAAGGCUAACAGAUAAAGGACUCUGCUUUCAAACUGCUUCACUAGGAUUCUCUAGCUAGGAUGCUACUACUGUAGGACUCUACUCCAACGCUAGGACUCUACUAUAGGACUACUCUGGCGCUAGGACUAGCUAGGACUCUACUCUGGCGCUAGGACUCUACUCUGGCGCUAGGACUAGCUAGGACUCUACUCUGGCGCUAGGACUAGCUAGGACUCUACUCUGGCGCUAGGACUAGCUAGGACUCUACUCUGGCGCUAGGACUAGCUAGGACUCUACUCUGGCGCUAGGACUAGCUAGGACUCUACUCUGGCGCUAGGACUCUAAUAUAGGAGUCUACUCUGGCGCUAGGACUAGCUAGGACUCUACUCUGGCUCUAGGACUCUACUCUGGCGCUAGGACUAGCUAGGACUCUACUCUGGCGCUAGGACUCUACUGUAAGACUCUACUCUGGCGCUAGGACUAGCUAGGACUACUCUGGCGCUAGGACUAGCUAGGACUCUACUCUGGCGCUAGGACUAGCUAGGACUCUACUCUGGCGCUAGGACUCUACUAUUGGACUCUACUCUGGCGCUAGGACUAGCUAGGACUCUACUCUGGCGCUAGGACUAGCUAGGACUCUACUAUAGGACUCUACUCUGGCGCUAGGACUAGCUAGGACUCUGCUAUAGGACUCUACUCUGGCGCUAGGACUAGCUAGGACUCUACUCUGGCGCUAGGACUAGCUAGAACUCUACUCUGGCGCUAGGACUAGCUAGGACUCUACUCUGGCGCUAGGACUCUACUCUGGCGCUAGGACUAGCUAGGACUCUACUCUGGCGCUAGGACUAGCUAGGACUCUACUCUGGCGCUAGGACUAGCUAGGACUCUACUCUGGCGCUAGGACUAGCUAGGACUCUACUAUAUGACUCUACUCUGGCGCUAGGACUAGCUAGGACUCUACUCUGGUGCUAGGACUAGCUAGGACUCUACUCUGGCGCUAGGACUCUACUCUGGCGCUAGGACUAGCUAGGACUCUACUAUAUGACUCUACUCUGGCGCUAGGACUAGCUAGGACUCUACUCUGGCGCUAGGACUAGCUAGGACUCUACUCUGGCUCUAGGACUCUACUAUUGGACUCUACUCUGGCGCUAGGACUAGCUAGGACUCUACUCUGGCUCUAGGACUCUACUAUUGGACUCUACUCUGGCUCUAGGACUCUACUCUGGCGCUAGGACUAGCUAGGACUCUACUCUGGCGCUAGGACUAGCUAGGACUCUACUCUGGCUCUAGGACUCUACUAUUGGACUCUACUCUGGCGCUAGGAAUCUACUCUGGCUCUAGGACUCUACUAUAGGACUCUACUCUGGCGCUAGGACUAGCUAGGACUCUACUCUGGCGCUAGGACUAGCUAGGACUCUACUCUGGCGCUAGGACUAGCUAGGACUCUACUCUGGCGCUGGGACUAGCUAGGACUCUACUCUGGCGCUAUGACUAGCUAGGACUCUACUCUGGCGCUAGGACUAGCUAGGACUCUACUCUGGCGCUAGGACUAGCUAGGACUCUACUCUGGCGCUAGGACUAGCUAGGACUCUACUCUGGCACUAGGACUCUACUAUAGGACUCUACUCUGGCGCUAGGACUAGCUAGGACUCUACUCUGGCGCUAGGACUAGCUAGGACUCUACUCUGGCGCUAGGACUAGCUAGGACUCUACUCUGGCGCUAGGACUAGCUAGGACUCUACUCUCUCCAUCUUCCUUCAUGACGAAUCUACACUUUCUGAUGGCAAAGUAAAGCAGGGACACUAACUACUGGUAACUCCCUCUUCCAAGUCUUGCUCUAGGCUCGGGACUGCUGUGAGAACAGCCACUCUCAAACAAACACUGCACUGGGAGCCACACAGACACACUCACAACUGAGAUGGGAAGACACUAAUGGAAAGACAAUUAUUUUUUGGCCUUGUCAUGCAGGGCAGGCGGGGGGGGACUAGCUUUCUGUCUAGAUUUCCUUAUAAAACUAUGACUAUUGCACUUGAAAGAGAAGGAGAGGUGUGUCUGUGUCCCUACACUGGCUUGGCAUAGUGGGGUGAUGUGGCUGGCAUGUGUUUUUCCUCCUCACAGAACCUUGAGCCUGGUGUGCUAGAGGUCUAGAAUGCCUCGGACUUCAGAGGGGGUUGGCGGGAUCUUUAUUUCCCCUAAUCCUUUGCCUGUUCUGCCUGCACCCCUAAUAGUCUCUGUGCACCAGAGGCUGCAUCAUAAUAAGAAGAUGGAGCGGAGGAGGAGAAAUGUCUGUCAGCAUCACACUGUUAGCCUGCUCUGGUCUCCCCUACUCUGUCCCGACUGUCUCCGGGAGUCUUUGGGUGGUUCCAACCCUGUGUAAAAAAAAAAAGGAAGGUGGUCACUAUGACGAUGUGUCCGACCACUCUGUAACAAACUGAACUAACACUCCUCACUGCUGUUUACUUUAUGUUUCGCUUUUUCGAUGGUCAGCAACAAAAACUCGGGAUUUGUAAAAUAGCCUUUUUUUUUUUUUUUAUUGUAUUUAUUUUUAGGCAUGGUUAUUUACUCUUUCAACAUUUAAAAAACGUAACUGUGGAUGGAUGGGUCAUGUAACAUGGAUACUGUACCUCGUAACAACACGGUUGCUCUCUUCUGGCCGGUUCUGCCCAGAGAAGUGGGACUGCGGCUCCAGGCUGAGCCCUGACAGAACUGAAGGCAGAAGACAGUCCAGAGCCCCUAGAGGACAGGAGGAUGCCCCCAGGAAGCACAUAUGAAGUGGAUACGACAGCCCACACUGUACCCUGUUUUGUGUCCCACAACUAUGGUUGCAAAAUUAACAAAAUUGUCCCAGAGUUCCCAGGGUUUUCACAUCUUGGUUAGAAGUUUCUUGGAAUAAGGGAUUUCUGGAAAAACCGAGGAACUUUGUGAAAGUUUCCGUAAUUUUGCGACCUCAGCCAGUCCUCCUCUCCCGGCCAGGACUCUGUGGGACAAUGUUUCUCUGUAGAGGGAGAACUCGACCCUUGAACUCUUGGUCUGUGACCUGUAUCUGUAGCUCUCCCUGUUAGUAGGGGCACGUCCAGCAGGGGCCGGGCACAACGUUGUUGAACGUUCAGAUAGAAACAUUUCAUGUAGAACAAAUAUGCCUCUCUGAAAUGUAGAAUAAGGAAUCAUGUCCACUCUAUUCAUAACAUUUCUAUCUGCAACGUUCCACAAUGUUUGUCUACUGAAUGUGACCCUGACCCUGGCCCUGACCCUGGCCCUGACCCUGACCCUGGCCCUGGCCCUGGCCCUGACCCUGACCC